UAAUAAUAUUUAGCAUAACUAAUUUUUUUUUAAUUAUAUAUGUAAUAAUCCGUCCUAUCCUAUCUUUUUGAUAAAGGUACUCCCCCCCCUUCCCCCUACCCCUCUUGUUAGGAACAAUAUUAAAGGAGAUAAUCAUUCUAUGAAACUAUGAUGAUUGAUUUCAUUAUAGUGGCGCUUUGAAGCGAAAUGAUAAGCAGAUAGCAAUCAGCAUUUCUGAUGGCAAUAUAUCGCGCUGUUUCUUUUACUAUAUAAAUUAUAAUUAAUUAGCACAUAUAUUUGUCAGCAAGUGCAAGUUUAAACAUGUUUUUCAGUGUUUUUACUGCGAUUAUUAAGAUAAGCUGUGUAUAAUUAAAUAAAUAAUAUUUAGUGUUAUGACAAUUAAUAAUAUUGAGUAUGUAACAAUAUGUACAUUACUUAUGAUAAGCGCAAGAGCGCUUGUAAUAUUAAGAAAUUAUACUAUUAACAGUAAAAAUUAUAAAGUCAUAAGUUAAUUUUUUAAGCGACAUACGAAGGAGUCAAUUUCCAAUUAUCUCAAAUUCCUAUGAUACCUCAUUACAUCACUAUCCGAACAAAAGACAUUAGCCAAACAUACAAAAAAUGUAUAUCAAUGAAAUUAAUGCGCGACGUUGUAUAUGAGAAGUGGUCUACAUCUACAAGUCUACACAAACAAACCAACGCCAGAUUUAUGUAUGUAUGUACGUACAUGUAUAAACAGAAAACGUCGUUUAUAUUAUAUAUAAGCUAGUAACAAAAAAAUAAAGAAAAAAACAACUGAACAUGUUUGCCCCUUGAAACAAGGAAGAGUUUCAUGAUGUUGAGUUGAGUGGCUAUGGAAAUACAUUUGUUUAACAAAAGAAGUUUGACUUUGACAAAAGAAAUGUAUAUCAUAAAUAAUUUUUUUUAUAAAUAUUACUAUGGCAACCAACGUCGUCUCGAUUAGCGAACUUGUGCGUAUUCUCGAAAAAAAUGUGAGUAUUUUGAAGACGGAAAAUCUCAAUUUGAACAUCGACCUUAAAUUUCGCGAUAAGGUUGAAUUGUUCAGUAAACUAUCAUGCAAUGUGACAGAUAAACUCCAGUCAUUAUUAUAUUUAUCUGAAAAUUACACUGCGAAUAAUGAUCUUAAAAAAUUUGCAAAUAGUAUGACCAGUUUAUGGUAUUCCGUUAAUAAGAAGAUUUGUGAAAAAUAUUUCCAAAUUCGGAUGGCUAGUCGCACUCUACCGGGGGUACCGUUGUCCUUGCUUUUUGAAAGGAUAAAGAAAGAGAAGUCCUUAACAAAAGAAUCAUUGCACAUUUACGAAAACGAAUACGAUCGUGAACAUCUUGCGAGAUGUUACGCCUUGCUUGACGAAAUUGAAGAUUUGUCGAACAAUCUAGAGAGAUGCGACGAUAAGUUACAAAAUUACUUAGCUAUAUCAAAGCUGAUUCCGUUCCUCGUUAAAUUAGAAUCCUCUAUAGACUCGUACAUCUCUAACGUCGAAAUAUCGCCCAUCGACAAGUCUGAGUGUUCGAAACUGUUGAAUGUUUUUCCUAUUGUCACGAAACUUCUUACCGGUGAAUUAUUGGAUAACGAACCUAUGGACCCUAAUCACGUGCUAAUGGAUAACGCGCCUAAAAAACCAGUUUUCAUUAUUAAAACCAAACGCAAAUCAGACAUUCCAGUAGUGGAAGCUGCAUGACUCAAAGUAUAUAUUAAUAGUGUUAUAGCGUGUUAUAGACUUAAUACGAUAUUAUAUUUUAAAAAAUGCAACUGUAAUAAAUACUUUAUA